AGCUUUCUGCCUUCACUUCUGGGUCAGAAACAUUUGAAUUCAGUGGUCAUGGCAUUAAGGGGAACACUGAUUUGGCUGUGCUCACUAGCAGUAUUAUCUUCCCCUGCAGCUUCAGAUGAAACAGAGCUCCAGGAUUGCAGCUCGAAAGCUCAGCUGCUGGAUCGUCUAUCAGCUGAUCUCAAGGUGGUGGUAGAGUGUGGUGAAAUCCCACCAUCUGACUGGACUCCACAGCGGACAGCCGCACUACUGCUCUCCACGAGGAAUCUGGCUGAUACUCUGCACAAACACCAGCUGACCGAAUGCCAAGGUGCUGAGCCCAAGCAAUGCCCUGAAGCCGAAGUUCCCGACAAUGGAGGGUUGGCAUGUGUCACAGUGGCCAACAAGCGCUACUGCAAACCUAUGUGCAACCAUGGUUAUGACUUUGGUUUCCUCAGGCGCAGUCGUUUAUACGAUCAAUGCAGCGAGCAGACAAGAUUUAAAUGGAAUAGUCAAUACGUAGGAGGAAGCAAGUUGGCUGUUUGCAAUGAAGCGUCUAUUCGAGUUGCAGGAGCGGAGACGGCAUAUUUCCCAAAGGACUGCCUCACAUCUAAGGAGAGCAGCCUUCCGGAGAACAGCAUCGUGACAGAUUUCAUCGCUGAGCUGAAGAAAGAAGGCGUUCAGGGAGAGCCGCAAUUUUCCUGUUUUGUAUGCGGACGAUCGUGAUGUAGAAAACUGCACGAUGUUGUGAAAGUCUCUCUAAGGUGCACUGAGAAAUUAAGCUUUGUGUCGUCCUCCCGGGUCAAAUUGACCCCGUCUGUUUUGACUGUUCCUUCUGUCCAUCCUUCCUCCCUUCCGUCCUUCUUUCCUCCCUCCCUCCUUCUCUCUUCUUUCCUCCCCCCUACCUUCCUUCCUUCUUUCUUUCCUCCGACCUUCCUUCCUCCCUUCUUUCCUUUCUUCCCUUCCUUCCUUCUUUCCUUUCUUCCCUUCCUUCCAUCCUUCCUCCCUCCCUUCCUUAUUCCUUCCUCCCUUCCUUCCCUGUCCUUCUUUCCUCCCUCCCCACUUCUUUCCUUUCUUCCCUUCCUUACUUCCUCCCUUCUUUCUUUUCUUCCCUUCCUCCCUCCCUUCCUUAUUCCUUCCUCCCUUCCUUCCCUCUUUCCUACUUUCCUCCCUCCCUCCUACCUUCCUUCCUUCUUUCCUUUCCUCCCUCCCUCCUUUCCUUCCUUCCUGCCUCAUUCCUUCCUCCCUUCCUUCUUCUACCCUUCCUUCCUUCUUUGACUCGAGGACAACAGGAGGGUUAAGCUUUGCAAGUAUCUGAAAACAUGCAAAGUUAAAUUUCAGUAUUAAGUGGUUCAACCUGAGUAGUUUCCUUUGUUGGAGUUUUUUUUGCACACUCAGUGUCGAUGCAUGCAGUUUUUCCAUUUUUCCACCUGUUAGGUAAAGUCAGCAGUGCCUUUUAUGAGUGUUACCCUGUCCUACAGCUAUUGUAGUCUCACUUUCUUUACUUUACUUUUUAUUACUGCAUAUAACAAUUUGGCCUGAGGGUGGCGCCAAAGGAAAGGCCAUUAUAAGAGAAUCAAUACCAAGUGUUUCCUGUAGAAAAAGUGCAGAUUUUAAUUGUUUAAAAAAUACCUGAUAUUAUAAUUUAAUCUCCACUUGGCUUGUUUGGAUGUAAGGAAGUGAGCCCUAGCAUUAAAAUGACUCAACCCCCCACAAAAUAUAAUGCCACAUAAAACAGUAGAAGAUGCAUGUCGACUGUGUGAUACGCACACACAUAUAACUUAAUCAUCUGUGCCCUGGAGGUGAAACCCGAUCCAUACUUUAGCCCUGGAGGAGCUCAGCGCACUCAUUAAAACCACAGAUGAUUUAACAGUUGUAUGUAACUCCUGCAGAACGUUAUUAAACCGAUAUCACAGAA